AUGCAUGGAUUCACCUUGCUGCAGCGCAAGGGGGAAUAUGCCUAUCUCGGUCGAGAUUCAAUCUUCAUUGGUGCCAUCGAAGUACCAUCAUCGGAGACGAUUGAGGAAAAGGCCCGCUAUCGCCAGCCUGAUAAGGGUGUCGAAAUUGUGAUUGAAGUGGAUGACCUUGAGAAGGAACGCGAUUUCAUCGUAAGCAAAUCAUGGAAGCUCGCCGCCGACAUCCACUCUCAGCCUUGGGGGUUGCGAGACUUUCGAUUGGUGGACCCUGAUGGUUACUAUCUACGGUUUACAACUCAUAGUCCCAGGAAGGAUGGGAAAGGUCUUUCGGAGACUUGA